GGGGUCAGCAGGACAGUGUACAGGGGUCAGCAGGGCAGUGUACAGGGGUCAGCAGGGCAGUGUACAGGGGUCAGCAGGGCAGUGUACAUGGGUCAUCAGGGCAGUGUACAGGGGUCAUCAGGGCAGUGCACAGGGGUCAUCAGGGCAGUGUACAGGGGUCAGCAGGGCACUGUACAGGGGUCAGCAGGGCAGAGCACAGGGGUCAGCAGGGCAGUGUAGAGGGGUCAGCAGGAAGGACAGAGGACAGGGGUCACAACUGGCAGGACAAAGGACAGUGGUCACAACUGACAGGGCAGAGGAUAGGGGUCACAACUGAUAGGGCA